AGCCGACGCCUGAUUGAAGGGGACCGCGUGGCAUCACACCUGCGCCUGUUCGAGCACCGCGAAUGCUUCCUGCCACAGCUCCAGGUGUUAGAGAGACUUCAAAAGAAGCUGCUGGCCAGUUCCGCCCAUGCUGUCCAAAGGAGGAAGAAGAAGCAUCGAAGAACAUGCAGUAAGAUCGGCUCCCACGAGCUCCGGACAACCAGGCUGCCUCGUUUGCGCCGCUGACUUUAACGAAGAACUCGGCCGCCGCUGUUAUACCUUCAAGGGUGCUGCUGCUGCCGGACACCAACCCCAUCGCCCCACUCAUGGACCUAGAGGAACAGCAUGGCAUUGAAGGCAAGUCUGCAAAUACUUUUUACCAAGCUCGCGUCAUUUCCACCGCACCGAAUGGAGAAAAACGUGCACGAGGCUCGCUCAUGCUGACGCCCGAACGACAGUACACGAGUAUACCCAGGGAUUACCCCUGUGCGAGAGGCGCACGUCGCAUGUCUGCUGCUCCCCUUAGUCGCCAGGACGAAGAGGACAAUUGGGUACUUGUUCGUUCUCGACGGACAAAGCAGAACCGUAUGACGGACGCGGCGAAGCCGAGCUCAGAUGUCUUGCGUAAACAUCAACACACCGUCAUCCUUCGGCCUAAGCAGCCGUGCCGCAUUAUGGGUGAGCAGUUCAUACGGUUAGACAAAGUCAUAACGCGCCACAUUUCGGCUCAUGUCGGUCUCUCUAAGGAAGACCAAAUACCAGAGUUCUCGGUUCGCUACUUAUGUCAGAGCAAUCAGCUCGCUGUCGACGCGUCCGCACCCGAGGUGCGCAACGCACUUCUCGCAAUAGCGUCCCUGCCAAUCCGUGGACAGGAUGUGUCCUUUCAAGCAUACGAAGCCAUUGGUCAUAAUCAAAUCAGAGGCAUUAUUAGAAAUGCUGGAGACAUGACUUCUGAGGAACUAAUGAACUCCUUGCAUUGCCGCAAGUGCAAAAUCCUGCAAGCACGCCCACUUGGUGACAAAGGUCUAAUGGUCACAUUUGAAGGUAAUAGCCUACCCUACAAGGUCGGCCUGCGGUCAUUUACUAUCCGUGUCUUUCCGUACCGUGCACGAGUGGCCAUUUGUGACAUAUGUCACAAGAUCGGGCACCACAAGAAGCAAUGCCCCAACACUCUGGCAGCGAGAUGCUCUACAUGUGGUCUGCGCCAACAUGAAGCGGGAACACAGUGCCCGAACGCAGAACCGAAGUACCGUAGCUUUGGUGGUUCUCACUUGGCCACAGCCACAAACUGUCCAAAAAGACGACAAGUCAACAAGAAAAUUGAACAAAAACGCAAGCCGGCUGCCCAAAGGCCACGUAGGAAAUGGCAGUCCUGAGAGCGGAACUGAACAAAAUUAAUCUAGACCCAUGCUAAAGGCAACGUGCCAGAAUUUCUACACCGGGCCAUCGGUAUCCCCAGCUACACAGUCAGAAGCCAGCGGAAAAGCCACCUUCGCGGAUGUAGUUAGACAAGCGAACGCGCACCUAACAAUCAGUUCCAGCAAUAGUGCAGCGCUUCCCUCAACCUCAACAUUCUCGUCCUCUGCGCUGCAACCACCCUCAGAUGGAGUGGUGCAGCAUACUCGCAGGGACCCAGCUCAGUUAACGGUGCUUACACCUCCCAGCGAUAAUCCAUAACUUCCUCCCCCAACGACACUUCACGAUCUCAAGCGGCGUUUUGAAAAUCGUAUGGCGCAAAUAGAGAAGUCCAUCCAUCAAAGCGUCCAACAGCUUAUUAACAGGGCCAUAGAAACAUGCGUCCACACCAUCAUGGAGCGUAUCAUGCUUUCCGGCACUCUCCCUUUUGGCACAACCUCUCCGACAUCCACAGGAGCACCAGCAAUGCGUACGUCUUGGGUACCACCAAGCUUCAUUACUGCUGAAACAACGCAGCCUCACCAUGUCUAGCUCUUCAAAUUCAUCACCAUGGGCAACUGUCCUGCAAUGGAAUUGUCGUUCUCUUCGUAACAAGAGGGCUGACAUGAUCACCCGGUUCUCCAGCAAGUGAGACAACGCCAAUCCCUUGGUCAUUGCCCUUCAAGAAGUCAACGGCCCUGUGCUGAGCAUAAUCGGCUAUGACGGCUACGCCCCACCUGUAAAAGUCGCUGAACCCACGAAGACAGCAUUGUACGUGCGACGGGGAACUACACACGUGCAAUUAGACACGCAACCGUGGUGCAGCGCUACUCUUAGCAUUGUCGGAUGCCGGUUAGAAGUCUCAUCACAGCGUACAAUGCUCAUCUUUUGCGUCUACGUGGUUCCCAAGAACACAAGGAAUAAGGCAACUAGGGCACUUGUUGAUCUCACCUUCAUCUCCCACUUUAAGAAGAUUUAUCCGCAAGACACCAUAUUGUUGUGCGGGGACUUUAAUGCUCAGCACAUCGCCUGGGGAUACAACAAAUGCAGCCCGCGCGGUCGGCGCAUCAUGCAAGAUACCUCGGUGGACGGGCUGACACUCCCCAACAUGCCUCAAGCACACACGAGGCUGGGACAGACAGUUCACCAAGCAGACACAUCACCGGAUCUUACCUGGAGUACUCGUCCGCAGCUUUUUCGAUGGGAGGUGCUGGACGAUUGCAUGGGGAGUGACCAUUUUCCGAUCCUCAUACGCUUUCGCACAGGCCACGCCAAUCCGAAGAUGAAGUCACACGCCACUACAUGGCUAAGCUACAUAAUACACUGGGACAAAUACUGCGAGUUACUGCAGCAGCAGUCUCCAGCCAAGAACAUUGACCAUCUGGUAUCACAGCUGUACGUAGCAAAGCGAAGAGCCACCAAACAUUUACGGGUUCCCUCUGACCACCCAGAGCCUGAUAGACAUCUGCUCACCUUAUGGAAUAGAAGGCGCCGGAUACUCGCUCAGUACAGGCGGUCUGGUCGCACUGCUCACCAAAAAGCACGGUUGCGCAAAAUACAGCGUUUGAUCGAAGAAUAUACGACUAUGCUCGCGUCAGACCGCUGGAUGGGAAUUUGCGAAUCCAUCAAUGGACAGACUCAUACGUCCAAGGUUUGGGCCAUCCUGCGCUCUCUUCUCGACCAGCGCAAGACCAACAACGGCGUGGCUCGUGUGGCCCUCCGCGAAGGCAUCAGCGCUCAGGAACUUGCCGAACAAGCCGCUGAACUGCUUUUCCCGCAGACGUCUCGCCCCACAGACACCACAUACCAGAAGGAUGUGCAUUCUGAAGAUAAUGAGCCACUUAACAGCCCCUUCACCAUGAUCGAGCUGGAGCACGCCUUGCAGCGUGCUAACGUACGUAGUGCUCCAGGGGUCGAUGAGGUGGGCGUGGCUCAUCUACGCAAUCUGCCCCUUGAGCACAAGCACGCUCUUCUCUAAGAAUUUAAUCGAGUAUGGGAUACCGGGAUACUGCCCUCCAUUUGGAAAUUUUCGGUGGUCAAGCCCACUCCGAAGCCUGGUAAACCACCACAUACCUUAUCCAACCUCCGUCCGAUCUCUUUGACCUCGUGUGUCUGUAAAGUAAUGGAGAGCAUGGUCAACACACACUUGAUGUGGUACGUACCUUGAAGAUCGCGACCUUUUGGCUCCUACACUGUAUGGAUUUCGCCGUGGGCUAUCAACACAGGAUAUGCUAGCCCGCCUAAAACAGGACAUCCUCGACUCUAAUUCGGUGCACCCACGAGCCGUUGUCACAGUGGAUAUACGCAAGGCAUUUGAUUCCGUCCCACAUAACACUAUCAUGAUCAAAGCACGUGCUCUUGGCAUCAGAGGGAAGAUGUACAACUUCAUAGCGGGUUUCCUUGAAGAGCGAAGCUACCAAGUCAAAGUUGGUCACGACGCCAGUGCCAUACGAACCAACCACGUAGGCGUCCCCCAGGGCUCGGUUAUUUCACCGACGCUGUUUAAUAUAGCUAUGCAACAGCUACCUAAGCGCCUUGCCGACGUAUCGGGCCUGAAACACGCGGUGUAUGCCGAUGACGUCACCGUGUGGACGCAUCAAGGGUGCAUCGGGGAGCAGGAGGAGGUCUUGCAACGAGCUCUCGACAUUAUUCACGCCUAUGCCACGGAAACGGGUUUACACACUGCCCCAGACAAAGCAGAGUUUGUCGUCAUUCAUGGUGGCAGGUCUACCUUUGGAAAGCAGGAAGAAAAGCAGUCUUUUAAACUGUACAUCGGUGACCAACCCAUCACACGGAAAUCUACUAUCCGAAUACUCGGUAUGCAUCUAGGUGAGAACUGCACAGCGAACACUUGGUUCCAAUGCAUUACGAAGACCAGCAAACAAAUCCUGCACGCUUUACGCAGAAUCUCUACCCGCACCAGUGGAGUAAACGAACGUGAAAUGCGGCAGUUCGCUCAAGCUUUUCUUGUCUCCCGUAUCAUGUACGGGCUGCCGUAUCAUCCAGUCAACCGCACACAGAUGCACGCACUCGACCGGUUACUUAACGAAGCCAAACGCAUUGUAACUGGGCUCCUAAGGUACACAAGCCUCGAAGCGCUUAAAAGUUCUAGCAAACUCAACAACCUGUCCGAGCUCGUAGACAUGCACAUCUAUACACAAGAGACGAGACUUCGCGCCACACAAGCCGGGCGACACACACUCAUGCUCCUCGGGUAUGACGUCCACAAAAUGCCCAUUUUGCCCAACAACACGCCGCCGUGGGAAAUCACGGCUCUCACCGAUGGCAGGCCACUUCCUCUCAAUAUGGACCCUACUCAGCGAAUGCGGCGCCUUGCAUAUGCCAAGAGGCAUGCCAAGGCUACGAGUUCACUCUCCUUGACUGAACGCAUCGUAUACACGGACGCUGCACUGCCUGCAGACGACGUUAGUAACACCUGUUACGCGACUGCGUGGUACGACCAGACAAAUGAAAAUCAGAACCGCCGCCAUCAUAUAUCGGCAGAAGCAAUGUCCAGCACCCGCGCUGAGCUAAUGGCCAUCCUAGAUUAUUUGGAGUGGGCCCUCGCAACUUCGUCUCAAACUGACCCUGUUCACCAUCAUGUGUACACGGUCGUCCACUUCCAAUUUGAACACGGCUCCUUG